CCGGAAGUGGCGUCACGCCGAGCGUCGCCGAGGCGGAGGGGCCGCGGUGAGGCGGGAGCGGCGGCGGCGGCGGCACCAUGGCCACGGACUGGCUGGGCAGCAUCGUGUCAAUUAACUGCGGAGAGAGCCUGGGGGUGUACCAGGGCAGAGUGUCUGCUGUGGAUCAGGUCAGCCAGACCAUCUCCCUCACACGGCCCUUCCACAACGGCGUCAAGUGCCUCGUGCCAGAGGUCACCUUCAGGGCAGGUGACAUCACAGAGCUGAAGAUCCUGGAGAUCCCGGGGCCGGGGGACAGCAGGCAAUGCGGGGACUCGCAGCAGAUGGACACGGCCAUGCCAGGGGUGGGCUGCCAGGUGGGACCCAGCCAGAACGGCACUGGCAAGGUGCUGAAGAAGCCCAUGUCCAGCAGUGCCCCGCAGAACAUCCCCAGGAGGACAGACAUGAAGAGCCAGGACAUUGUCAUCUCCCCACAGCAGCAGUGCUCCAAGAGCUACAUGGAUCGACACAUGGAAACGCUGAGCCAGUCCAAAGGCUUCCGUCGGAGGCACAAUUCCUGGUCAUCCAGCAGCCGCCACCCGAACCAGGUGACCCCGAAGAAGAGCGGCCUGAAGAACGGGCAGAUGAAGAGCAAGGACGACGAGUGCUUUGGGGACGACAUUGAUGAAAUCCCAGACACUGAUUUCGAUUUUGAGGGCAACCUGGCCCUUUUUGACAAGGCAGCUGUGUUUGAGGAGAUCGAGACUUACGAGAGGAGGAGCGGCACCCGCUCCCGAGGGACCCCCAGCGAGAAACCCGCCCGCUACCGGCACGACGAGAACAUCCUGGAGUCAGAGCCCAUCGUCUACAGGAGGAUUGUGGUACCCCAGAACCCCAACAAAGAAUUCUGCACGGACUCGGGGCUGGUGGUCCCCAGCGUGUCCUACGAGCUGCACAAGAAGCUGCUGGCGGUGGCCGAGAAGCACGGGCUGACCCUGGAGAGGAGGCUGGAGAUGACAGGGGUGUGUGCCAGCCAGAUGGCCCUGAGCCUCCUGGGGGGGCCCAACAGACUGAACCCCAAGAACGUGCACCAGCGGCCCACGGUGGCGCUGCUCUGCGGCCCCCACGUGAAGGGCGCCCAGGGCAUCAGCUGCGGCCGGCACCUCUCCAACCACGACGUCCACGUCAUCCUCUUCCUCCCCAACUUCGUCAAGAUGCUGGAGUCCAUCACCAACGAGCUCAACCUGUUCAGCAAGACACAAGGCCAGCAGGUGUCCAGCGUCAAAGACCUCCCAGACACCCCGGUUGACUUAGUGAUCAACUGCCUGGAUUGUCACGAGAAUGCCUUCCUGAGAGACCAGCCUUGGUACAAAGCAGUGGUGGACUGGGCCAACCAGAACCGUGCCCCCGUGCUGAGCAUAGACCCCCCCAUCAGCGAGAUGGAGCUGGGCAUCGACGCCAAGUGGUCGCUGGCCCUGGGGCUGCCGCUGCCGCUGGGCGAGCGCGCGGGCCGCGUCUACCUCUGUGACAUUGGCAUUCCCCAGAAGGUCUUUCAGGAGGUGGGCAUCAACUACCACUCGCCCUUUGGCUGCAAGUUUGUCAUCCCCCUGCACUCCACUUAGAGCCCCUGCAGCCCCUGGCUGCGAAGGGAGAGAGGAGGAGCUCUGUGAAAGCCAAGCUGUGCGCUGGAUCCCGGCUGGUCGACUCCGGUGACGCCUUAAGGAAAAAAAAAAAAGAAAGGAUGUGAAGUUCUGGAGGGUUCGCCUUCUGGAAGAAACGCUGUGUAUUUAAAAAGAAAAAAAUUGAAUAAUCGUAAAAUGAAAUGGAAAAAAAACACCCAACAAACAAAAAAAAAAAAAAAGGAGGAAGAGGAAGUGAAUUGUUCCCGCAAAGCCGUUUUCAUUCUCUCGUGCUGUGGGAUGAAGGAGCGUGCAGGACCAUGGUGUCUGUCCCCUGCUGCUGCCCAGCCCCAGCUGGCACAUGGUACAAAUAAGGGUGGUUUGGAGCUUUGAGAUGUUUCAGGUCCUUCUGGUUGAGUAUUCCCAGCAAGGACAUCCUGGUGGGAACAGCACCCCUGGAUUGUGUAGAAAUCCCUUGAGUGGAGGGAAAAUCUCAUUUGGUUCCCGUGUUGGUUUUGACUGCCCCAUCCCUGUUUUGUGUUCCAGAAGGCAGCUGUAGCUCCCUCUCCUUCCCAGCCCGUCCUGCCCCUCACGGAGAGGGUUCCCUGUUUGGAGAGCCUGUGUCAGGAGCCAGAGGCUCCCACAUGCUCUGGGAGCACUGAUGUCCUUGCUCAGCUAGGCCUUACUGCUUAUGUACUGUUGGCUUUUCUUUGUUCACUUUGUGGCCAAAGCCCAGCUCUGUGGGGUGGAGGCCUGGUAUGGAAAAGAACUUUUCCAGCAUCCUCCUGGGGUUUGGGGUUGUUUUCUUCCGUUCUUUCUCUGUGCUGGCCCAGCAAGUGGCUGCUCCAGGGCUGGGGGAGUGGGGCAGGGCAGGGCAGGGUUGCUCUGGGGUUGUUGGGUGCUGUGUGGUGCAGGUGAUGUUUGAGGUAAGCUCCCCUGUCCUUCCAGCAUCCCUGCUACAUUUGGUAUGGUUUGGGAAGUAGCUCACUUCUGGGAUCUGUUCAUUCCCAUUGGAAUCAAAGCCUGUGUAUGGGGUGGGUUUGGCUCCUGUCUGCUGGCAGGAGAGGCCGUGGUGGGAGCUGCUGUGCUCCUGGAGGGCUGUGCCAGAGAUCCUGGGCGGGAUUUCCAUCAGAAGUCUGCUCUGCUCUGCUGUCCCGUGCCUGGCCAGAAAGGUUGAGUUAUCCUUUCCUGUGUUCCUUUCGUUGGCCUGGGUGCAGUGCCCGGAGCAGGGACGAGCUGAGGGGCCACCAGCUCGCUGGCCUUGGCAAUCAGCUUGGGCACCCACCCAGCCAGGGAGCUGCUCCUCGGGAGGAGCUGGGGGUGUGGGCAGUGCUGGGAGCUCUGCUCCUCCUCUCACUCCUCACCCAUGCCCAGGGCUCCUGCAGGCUGCUCCACCUGGCCCAGCCCUGCUCUGGCACCGGGGAGAGCUCCGGGCACUGCCCCUGUCCCGGGCAGCCGCAUCCUCUGGGAGGCUGAAGCACAGGGACCAGUCCAGGGUGGGACCAGCCCCACAGACCUGCUUGUGCCCCGAGCUGGGGCUUUAGUCAGGCACUCAUCUUUCCUUUCCUCUGUUAGAACAAAGGCCAGGGCUGUCAAAGGAGGAGGAAGAGCCUUCCCUGCAUGGAAGGAAGCGAUUACCGGGUCGAGCCUGGCAGUGUGGAGGGCCCAGGAGGCUGCUGAGCCCCGGCUCACCCCGAGGUCUGGCCCCCUGCAUGUUGCCAUAUCUACCUCAGCAGGACCAGGGGCUGUGCCCUGGCUGGCUGCAGCCCUGGUUCCCCUCAGCUGCUCUCGGCCACUGCUGGCCAGGGGGCUCUGCCCUCCAUCCUGGGCACCUGUGCCCCACGGUUCAGCCCCAGCUGCGGUGGCACCGACCGGGCCGUGCUUCGGACUGGGACGGGACGGCAGUGUGGUGGUUAUUCACAACACAAACACAAGGUUUCCCUCUGCCUUUCUUUGUUUUUUGGCUGUUUCACCUGGGAGCAGCAGCGGGUUAAAAAGGUUCUUGCUGUAGUCAGUGUUAGCUUUAGUCCCCUUACUUUCACUCUCUUUGCUCAAGACACUCAGCAGGAGACUUGCUGUUUCAAUUUCUGCUUUCUGCAGGUUUUUCCUGCCCUUUCUGGGUUUUGCUGUUGAACUGUAGCUUGUACACACAGAGCAGGAGCAGGGCAGGGAUCGUCCAGGGUGCAGCUGCCCUGCCUGGAAGGCACUGGGGCAGGUGAUGGUGUUUUUGCAGGGAUGGAGCUCUGGGAAGCACCAAGGCCCCGGUUGUUGCCAGCCUUGAAACGCUUCCCCACGUUGAACUAAAAAAAAAUAAAGUGUUGCACAACAGGAGGGUUCAGCCACAGUGUAGGGAACGGGAUUCCCACUCCCAAAUCCGUGCAGGGUUCAGGGCACAGCAGGCAGCGUGGGGCUGUGCUCACUGCCUGAUAGAUUUGGGUAUUUGGCUGUUCUUCCCCUCACUGCAGAUGUUUCUUGGCUUCACUCACCUGGAACGUGAGGUAGCAGCUCUUGUGGAGCACUCAGAGACCCAGAACGGGCUCUGGGUGUCCUCAUCACCAGCACCACGGUGCCAGAGUUAAUUCCGAGAAGGGAGCGCUGUUGUAGCUGUGUUUGGGAUAGUUCUACCCCCACCUGCCCCCCAGCACAGCAGCUGCCCCUGGGUGCUGCUCUGGGCCCGCUGUGGUGACAGGUGACAAUCACUGUGCCCUGGCACUGCUUGUGACCCCACUUGUGACCUGAUGUUUGUAACGACCAAUUCCUGCCACUGCGGGGGACCACGCCCUGAAAUAAAGUGCAACUCUUCAUGUGUGCUA